CGGGGGAAGGGAAGCUGAGAUUGGAGGGAGAAACAGUCAGAAACUGAGCUUUCAGACAGUGUGUACAUAUGACAGCCCCUCCUCAGGACCAGACAAGAACUCUAUCCAUGACCCACAUCUCACUGGACACCUGCACUUCUUACUCUGGACAUGUGCUGCUGUUUCAUGUGAGGCUGAAGACAUAACACAGCUGUACUACAACUGCGCCGGUACCUGGAGGUGCAUGCUGGAUUUGUCUUCAGUGCCAAAGUGAUGAAGCGUCUCGGACAGGGAGAGCCCAGCCCUGAAAAGCAAUGUCAUCAUCCAGCUUGUGUGCACCUCUGAUGGAGCUGAGGAGCGAACCCACUGGCCAAGCAGAUCUGUGGAGGAGAGGAAGGAGGCAGGUUUCCAGGAAACUUGUAUAUUGAUGGAUAGCCAUUUCCUCCUGUCAGCGCUUGUAGACUGAUACCUGCACAUUCCUCUCAGUGUGCACGCUCAAGGUUAGACUUUGGAGUAGCUAAUAAAACCAGGCUGCCAUCAUCACUAUUACACCGACAAAGAGAAUAUGAUGUGCACAACGUGGAUUUCUUCUGCCAGUGACAGUUUUGUGAAAUCAUACUGGUGACUGUGGACACUGAGUGCUCUGUUUAUAUGAGGAGAAAAGCAUAGAUACUUGCAGUCACUACAAAUGUGCACUACAGAAACCAUGGUGGUCCUUGCAUCAGCUCCUCAGCCCAUCUCAGUCCAUGACUUCAGAAGCCUUUAGAGGCCAGGAUCAGGAACACGCUCGCCAGCCAACACACUCAUAUGCAAUGGAAGAAGACAUUGAUGUCACAUCCCACACUGAGGGCCUGAAUGGUUUGUCCCGUGAAUGUAAACCAUUAGAGGAAAUCACCAAUGGACACUCCAACCAUAAGCCUGUCAUGAACGGACUGAUAAUGAGUCAUAAUGUCAAAGACCACACCAACGGCAGCGCACCACUCAGAUCCCUGCCGAUUUCAGCACUGAAGCAGAAUGGUCUUCUGCAGACCCUGGCAGCUGGAGGGGACCAACCUAACCCUGCGGAAGAAAAUGUGGAGCUGGAAAAGGCCAGACAGGAGUGGGAGGCUCUGGAGAACGUCCAACCAGCUCUCACUGAGGACUCGAACCCGACCCCGAUCAUCUCCUUCAAUGAAGCCCUGCAGUACUUCCAGACCACAGACCUCGGGGACUUGCUGAAGAACAUCCAGCCAACCAUUCGCAGGACAGGUCUGGCAGCGAUCACACACUUCCUCUUCGGACCUCCGCGGCUGCACAGGGAACUCCUGGAGGAGAGGGAUCUGGUCUUUGCCAUCGCACAGUGCCAUGUGGACAACAGCCAAACAGUCCACAUGCGUGUCCUCCAGACCAUCUAUAAGAGGCUGAUUGGCAGCAGGCUGGACUGUCCUCGCUAUGGAGCCCACUGGGAAAACAUCGGCUUUCAGGGUACAGACCCAGCCACUGACCUACGUGGCACUGGUUUCCUGGGACUGAUGCACACUCUCUACUUUGUGAUGGACCCAGAGACUCUACCACUGGCUAGAGACAUCUACAAGUUAUCGCAACACCCUACACAGAACUUUCCAUUCAGUGUGAUGUCAAUCAACAUGACCCGCAUCGCUCUGCAAGUGCUCAGAGAGGAAGCCUUGUCCAAGGAGUGCAACCGUCGUCAGCAAGUGGUUGGUGUGCUGAAUGAGUUCUACGUUGCCACGUAUCUGCACCUGUACCAACUGUGGAAGACCCAACAGAAGACCAUUGCUGACUCUGGCUUUGUACUAAAAGAAGUGGAGCUGUUUGCCAAAAAGAACCCCAAGCAGAUGCUGCGCCGACUAGAGGUCUUCCUGAAAGAGAGACGGGCAGGUGGAAUCCCCCGUGGGACGUCGCCAGACCCUCAGGGCCAACAGCCGUCUCCCAGCCUGGGGGAACGAGGGGCCAGAGCCGGGACGGGCCAGGGGAGCAAGGGAAAGGAGAUGCACUUCACAGGAGUGUGUGAUCUACCGCCAGACAUGGAGGGAGAGGCCAGACUCAUCUAAGCUAGACUCUGUGUGUGUGUGUGUGUGUGCGCGUGUGUGUGUGCGCGUGUGUGUGUGCGCGUGUGUGUGUGCGCGUGUGUCACAGUCCUGUUUGUGAGUAUAUGUUCUGCGGUAUGUGUGUGUGGCUUACUCUCAGAGAGCUAGAACCCCACCAGACCCUGAUCUAGGACCUGCUAUCUGAACCCAUUCAAACACUUCCACUCCUUCCACUGAUGCUGGGGUGCUGCACUUUGAUCAGAUUAGGCUUGGGGGUCUUUCAGAAUUAUGUGAUUUUUUUUUUUUAAUAAAUGAUUAAUUUAUUUUUUUUAAACGGAGAACAUAGAACAGUCAAAAAUGAAGAGCUGAUGCAGGUCAGAAACACAAGAUGUCACAAAAACAACAAGAAAGUGAAUGUUUGCACUUUUCUGUGGAUUUCGUAGCCAAAUCAAUAGCUGCCAAAUUCUUGUGGUUGAACUCUACCUGCCUGGAGGUCCAGAAGCUACACACUCGUGUUCCCUCAGCCAGGGUGUGUUAGCAGUGCGGAGGGGGGAGCAAGGCGUGGGGUGGCUUCUGAAAAGGCUUGGCGUUCUCUCUCGCUCCAGGAUACAGCUUCAUCACACGAGCUAAGGGCAGCAUUGUCAGUUUAUCGUUAAACGCUCUGUUAACUUCAUUUUGAUCAGAGGGAAAUGAAUCGGUUUCGAGCUCUUCUGCAGAGCGAACAGAAGCAGGUUUUCUCUCAGCGUGAGUGGAGAGCGGCGGGUGGAAAACCCGGAGAGGCUGCAGAAACUGUCAGCAGAGGCUGCGCUCAAACAGUAGACUUUGAAUGCAGCUCGCUCUGACGGUCUGAUCGCUCUCUGUUGGAGCGUGGAUGAAUUAUGCGUCAUGUGAAAGAUGUGAAAGGAUGGAUGCUAAGUCCGGAUGUGUGGACGUUUAGCCAGUUGUUGGUGUACUCAUGGUGUCAGGGGUCUGAUAGACUAGGUCCAGAGCUCCCACUCGCGGGGGAAUAUAUUCUAUAAUAAUAUAAAAACGAACUAUUUCAGUCCUUUUUGAAAGGACAGCUGUCAUAACUUUACAGUUAUGUGUAAAAGCACUUCAGAUCCUUGUUUUUUAAACUGAUGGCUGAGUGACCAUGAGAAGGGUUUCUCACGUUGUUAAAACUUUCUGACUUCUCAACUUUUCACGGUUAAAGCCAAGAGAGUCGUAUGUUUGGCCUGGUCCCGGCUGAAGUCGAAGGUCUGGUCUGAGCUUUCUCUACAUUCCGUUAUAAAGCAUGUGAUUGUAAUUUUUUUUGACCAGUUCAGAAUUUAUUCCUGUGUGUGUGUGUGUGUGAGUGUGUGUGUGUGUGUGAAAUGAAAUGAAUGAGCUGAUAUUGAUGAAGGGUGCCUCUCCUAGGAGAUGUAUGGUACAGUAUGCAAUCCCAGCUCUUUACUCAAUGAUAAUCAAAACGAUAGUGCUGUGUGACGAUAGAAAUCGUUCCUAACUUCAGGGUUUGUGCGCUUGUGCGAGCGUGUGUGUUGGUAUGGACGUGUGUGUAUGUGUGUGUGCGUCGUAUGACAGGAACUGACUACAGAUGGGGUGCUUUCCUCUGCACACAAUAAGCCAGCUUUACUAAGUACUUGAUCCAUCAAGCUGCAAAGACGGUACUUUUGUCAUUUUAAAAAUGGUACAUAACAUUUCCGAGGACGAGAUUUAUUCUGAAGGAACGCGCUCUUUGGUUUGCUUUUUUAAAAAACCACACGUCGGUUCUGGACACAGCUGGUUUCAGCGGCUCUGUGGCCUGGAAUGGGUAGAGCUCCUCAGCAAAGCUGGUUCCUGCUUUGUGCUAAUGUGAAACAGUCUCCCAUCGUUGUAGUCUCGAUCUGUAGCAUGUUCAGGUAGCACUAGUACUGUAGCAUCCUAUAGCCUCCUCCUCUUCGUAAAGCUUGUUGAUGUCAUGUCUCGGUUACGGUCCGUAGUGUCAAUGAGUGCGCAAACUGUUACUACUAUAGCACAUUUAUUUUGUAUUUGCAUUAAGUCUCCUUCAGUAGACACACAUUUAGGUGGCGCAGCGUAUGUUUCGGAGAGAUGUGGGAUAGACUUGACAUGUUAUUGAGCUCGACCUUGUCUUCUAAGAAGGUAACAGUAAAAACGGUGCCUACAUCCAGCGGAGCCACGUGGGGCAGAGUGCUGGUUGGUCCUCUCCUCGCGUCCUUCUUUAUGUUUUCUUUCAUUUGAGCCACCGUGCCACAGUAGACUUCCUCCAUUCAUGUAACAGCAGACAGAGUUGACGCGACCCCUACGACCUGCAGGCCUCACAGAUAAACGUAUAGAAAUACACAGGCAUUUGCUUUGCCAUCUCCGUUCCCCACCACAUGAGUUCAAAGACGAGCUGACGUAGUUUAGCCAGUUGUUUGCGCGCGUUUUGAUUGAGCGGGAAAAUUUGCACUGUUGUAGAUAUUUGAUAGUGUGUGUGACGUAUGCAAGAGGAAACAGGCCAUCUUCAAUAGCCAUAAUGUUCAUUAUCGCCCACCUCACGAAACAGGCUUCGCCGAGUCCGAUUCCCUUCCUCGCUCCAAAAAUCGCACCACGGAUACGAUCUCGCAUUUAGUUUUAUUAAAUUUUAAACUGAGGAGCAGUACAGUGUAUGUAAAUCAGGAAGUUUGUAUAUAGAGAAUUAAUGAUUGUAACUGUAUGAUUGUCUGUAGGGCAUUAUACUGAAACACAUUGCUUACCUCAAGACUUGAGACAAAUCUCUCCUUUCUCUCUCCUGAUGUUUGUUUGGCCUCUCAGUCAGACUAUCUUUUUAUGUUUCCUUGUACCUAGGCCUUCUCUCAUACCAAUUGGACAUGUUAUAUAAUGUAUAUUCAACACCUAAAGCACUACGUAAUGGCAAACUAACACAACAGCUGGUCAAUGUUAUGUGUAUUCUAUUUAAAGACACAUUUAUAGACACUAUAUAGGCCCACACACGCUCUGAUGCACAUCUGCAGAUUAAAAACUCCUUUUUUGAAACGAUCUAUAAUUGGCUGAUGUUUACCAUGUUUGAAAUAAGCUGGUUUUCUUGUGGCUUCAGUGAUAGUACAGUAUACUUUUGCUGUGUUUAAGUGUUUGAUGUCAGGAAAACACUCAGAAACAAUCCAGUCUUUACAGCUACAGUCACAAACCAACACUUCAGUAUAUGAUUGUAAAGAUAUAGGCUUGAUUAGCAGUCAUAAUACGGUGUAUGCUUUGACCUUGGUAUAUAUUCAGUAUCCAAACAAGGCCUGAUUUAUCCUCUCAUAUUACCAAAAGUUAUAUUUUCAGGAGUCGUAAUAGAUCAUAUUCUUAUGCGUUGAUCAUCGUUUGGAAUCUCCUCAGUUGUGAAACCAGAACCAAGAGAAAAAAAAACAAAAAACGGGUUCUUGCAGGAUGUCGGAUGCUCUGAGAGGUGUGGUGUGAAGUUCUGCUUCCUACAGCAGCAGCUCGGCAAAUACAAUCACUUCUCUCGAGGUCCUGCGCUUUAUAUGAAGGUGUUUUACUGUCGCCGUCGUUGUCAUGUCCCUCAGAGCAUUUUAUGACUGUACCUUGAUUGUAGAAGCCCUAUUUUAUACUGAGAGUUAUUUCAGAAUACAGUAUGUGCUGUUGUACAUUAAAUGUAUUGUAUGGAGAAAGCUAAAUAAAUGCUGUUU